AUGCAAGACGAAAAGGAUCUGGACAAUGAAGGGAAGGCCGCUGUCGGCGACUUCGACCUGGGGGCGAUUGUCAAUCUCGAGUCAACACCGGAGGAGGAGCGCAAGGUUCUCUGGAAGCUCGACCUGUUCUUGAUCCCACUGAUGGGAGGCGCCUACUUUCUUCAAUUUCUCGACAAAUUCAUCCUCGGCCAGGCGGCGAUAUUUGGGCUACCUGAAGAUCUGAAUCUGAAAGGACCAGAGUUUGGAUGGACAUCGGCUGUCUUUUACUUUGGGUAUUUUGCCUGGAGUUGGCCAAGUUCGUAUAUUAUCGUGAGAGUGCCGAUCGGCAAGUAUCUGGGCCUAUGCGUCUUGAUCUGGGGUGGCAUCCUCAUGUGUCACGCCGCCUGCAAGAAUUUCUCCGGCCUGAUGGCCGCUCGUUUCUUCCUGGGCGUCGGAGAAGCAGCUAUUGCACCGGGGUUCUCUCUGAUCACUGGUAUGUACUGGAAACGCGGCGAACAGCCACUCCGAUGUCAUGCCAGUCAAUCCGCUUGGUUCUUUGGAAACUGUCUAGCAGCCUUUUUCGGUGGCUUGGUUUCCUAUGGCAUCGGCCAUAUAGACUCCAGCAUUACCAGCUGGAAACUUAUAUUCAUCAUUCUCGGCGCCAUUACCUCUGCCUACGGCAUUGUCCUGCUCUUUCUGCUCCCGGACUCUCCUGCGAAAGCUCAAUUCCUGCGAGAAAAGGAGCGCGCAAUCGCCGUGCGACGAACACUGGAAAACAAGACAGGUGUGAUGGACUUUGGCUCCUUCAAAUGGAGCCAAGCUCGACAGGCCGUUCUUGACCCUCAGACGUGGUUCCUGUUCCUUAGUACCUUUACCUGCAACUUGGCCAAUGGUGGCCUCACCACGUUUGCGCCAAUCAUCACGGCGGGCUUUGGCUUCUCUACUUUUGAAGCCCUUCUGCUACAGACACCAAUUGGCGGCGUCGAGAUUGUCUUCCUACUAAUCGUAGCCCCCAUCGCCACGUUCGUCCGGUCUACCCGGGUCCUCUGCAUGAUAUUUACUACGCUUGUCUCUAUGGUCGGCAUGCUCCUCGUCUGGAAGCUAGACCCCAACGAGGUCGUGGGUCGAGUGCUGGGCUUGUCCCUUAGUGUCGCUUACGUGGCCAACAUUCCACUCUCGCUGAGCAUCAUCACGUCCAAUGUGGCCGGGUUUACUAAGAAGAGUGUGACUAGCGCUAUGCUCUUUGUUGGGUACUGCAUUGGGAAUAUUGUGGGACCGCAGUUCUUCCAUGCCUCCGAGGCUCCAUCGUAUCCGACUGGACUCAAAGCGUGCAUAGCUGGCUAUGCUCUGACUUCUGUCUUUUAUAUCUGCCUGUACGCUUACUACGUCUGGGAGAACCGGCGGCGUGAUCGGCUAUACGGACCUCCGGAGGAGAUGACUGUGACGCAAGAGUUGGAGGAUGAGUUGUCAAACAAGACGGAUACGGAGAUUGAGAGUUUCCGCUAUGUCCUUUAA